CUCGGGGUGGCACGAGGGAGGUAGGGUGAGAGAUCUGAGCCGGGGAACCCGUCGUGCUGGUGCUUCUUCCUCCUCUUCUUCUUUUUUUUUCCUUGCCGCUAUUCUCUCAGUGUGGGUCUAAGGGUCGGCUGUGUGGCAGGACCCAACUCCGCUGCCUAGUGUGCCCCAUAUAUAAGGAAACCCUCACGUUCCCACAUUAGUUGGAGCGGUGCGGCCGGCGUGGCGACAGCGACCGUUGACCCCCCACUCCCGUUUCCCUGUAAGCCUAGUCCCCCAGGCACACACUCCGGUCCCCCGAGACCCGAUCCCGAGCGCCCCUCACACACAGGUCUCCCCGGACCCCAGCCACCUCGCUUGCUCGCGGCCAGUUUGUAGGCAUCGUCCCUGGGGGGGCGUCCCCACUCUGAAGCAGAGAAGAUGGCUGGAGGACGUCUGUUGCUGGGGGGGGACUUCCUGUCGCCGCCGCCGCUGCCCCCCCUACCGCCGCCGCCGCCGCCGCUACCGCCCCUACCGCCGCCCCCGCCUGAGCCAGUGCUGGAGCAGUGGCGCUAUAGCCACGAAAGUGACUGGCAGUGGGCUCUGCGGCGGAGCUUCAUCUGCCGGCACCUGCACAGCUAUCCCGGGGCUGCCCUGGACCAGCUCCUCGCGCUCUCCGCCGCCUGGACCAACCACGUUUUCCUGGGCUGCAGGUAUAGCCCACGCUUGAUGGAAAAAAUUCUUCACAUGGCUGAAGGUAUUGAUAUUGGGGAGAUGCCGUCAUAUGAUCUGAUGCUGCCCAAACCUUCCAAAGGCCAAAAACGCUACCUUUCAACCUACGAUGGUCAGAAUCCUCCUAAAAGGCAAGCUGGUUCCAAAUUCCAUGUGAGACCUCGCUUUGAGCCUGUCCAUUUUGUAGCUAGUAGUUCAAAAGCCGAAAGACAGGAAGACCCAUAUGGCCCCCAAACAGAAGAGGUAAACGGACGGACGCACUUUGCCAGCAUGCCAAGAAACUUCUACCAAGAUUAUACUCAAGACUCUUUCAGUAUACAGGAUGGGAAUUCUCAGUAUUGUAAUUCAUCAGGAUUCAUUUUCACAAAAGACCAGCCUGUAGCAACCAACAUGUAUUUUGACAGUGGGAACCCUGCCCCAAGCAGCACAUCCCAGCAGGCAAACUGUCAGCCAGCUCCCGAGCCCCCUCCUUCACAGAUGUACCCCGAGUCAGUGGUUGCCGAGAAACAGUAUUUUAUCGAAAAGUUAACAGCAACUAUCUGGAAGAACCUAUCCAAUCCAGAGAUGACUUCUGGAUCUGAUAAGAUUAAUUACACCUACAUGCUAACUCGCUGUAUUCAGGCCUGUAAGACAAAUCCUGAGUAUAUAUAUGCUCCUUUAAAAGAAAUCCCUCCUGCUGACAUCCCCAAAAAUAAAAAACUUCUCACGGAUGGUUAUGCGUGUGAGGUUAGAUGCCAAAAUAUCUAUCUAAGUACAGGUUAUGCAGGUAGCAAGAAUGGGUCCAGAGAUCGGGCUACUGAGCUAGCUGUAAAACUCUUGCAGAAGCGGAUCGAGGUUAGAGUUGUCCGGCGGAAGUUCAAGCACAUAAUUGGAGAGGACCUUGUGGUGUGUCAGAUUGGUGUGCUUUCCUAUGAAUUUCCCCCAGCUCUGAAACCACCAGAAGAACUGGUAGUACUGGGAAAGGAUGCUUCUGGGCAGCCUAUUUUUAAUAGUGCUGCCAAACACUGGACCAAUUUUGUCAUUACAGAAAAUGCAAAUGAUGCGAUUGGCAUCCUUAACAAUUCUGCCUCAUUCAACAAAAUGUCAAUUGAGUACAAAUACGAGAUGAUGCCAAACCGCACAUGGCGGUGCCGCGUAUUCCUGCAAGAUCACUGCUUAGCUGAGGGUUAUGGAACCAAGAAAACAAGCAAACAUGCAGCUGCUGAUGAGGCUUUGAAAGUUCUUCAAAAAACACAACCCACUUAUUCGUCUGUCAAAAGUUCCCAGUGCCACUCGGGCUCUUCACCCAAAGGCUCUGGAAAGAAGAAAGAUAUAAAAGAUCUUGUAGUUUAUGAGAAUUCUUCCAAUCCUGUGUGCACACUGAAUGAUACGGCUCAAUUUAACCGAAUGACGGUUGAAUAUGUCUAUGAAAGGAUGACAGGUCUCCGCUGGAAAUGCAAGGUGAUUCUCGAGAGUGAAGUGAUUGCGGAAGCAGUUGGAGUGAAGAAAAGUGUCAAGUAUGAAGCUGCUGGAGAAGCUGUAAAAACCCUCAAGAAGACACAGCCAACUGUUAUUAAUAACUUGAAGAAAGGGACUGUUGAAGAUGUGAUUUCAAGGAAUGAAAUUCAGGGCCGCUCAGCAGAAGAAGCUUACAAACAGCAAAUCAAAGAAGAUAACAUAGGGAAUCAACUGCUGAGGAAGAUGGGUUGGACGGGUGGUGGUUUAGGUAAAUCUGGUGAGGGCAUACGGGAGCCUAUCUCAGUUAAAGAGCAGCAUAAGCGGGAAGGGCUUGGUCUAGAUGUCGAGAGGGUCAAUAAAAUUGCUAAGAGGGAUAUAGAACAGAUCAUCAGAAACUAUGCCCGCUCUGAAAGCCACUCAGAUUUGACCUUCUCCACAGAGCUGACCAAUGACGAACGGAAGCAAAUACAUCAGAUUGCUCAGAAGUAUGGCCUGAAGAGUAAGUCUCAUGGGGUGGGCCAUGAUAGGUACCUGGUGGUAGGUAGAAAACGGCGGAAGGAAGACCUACUAGAUCAACUCAAACAGGAGGGCCAAGUGGGACAUUAUGAGCUUGUUAUGCCCCAAGCAAACUAAGAUUUUACUAAAUUAAUCUUAUAAAUGCCUGAUGAGGCAGAUAUACAGAUAACAAAAAAGCUACAUGUUCCGGUUGAAGAGUAUUCAUUCUUAAGAUGUUUCACCUUGUUCAUUUCAUAUAGUGCUUUAUUAGGUAUUGGAACCUGGAGAAUUCUGUCCACUUGUACUAUUAGCUUAAUCCAGCAGAGAUAUUGUGCAGCUACUGUUUGUGUCUUUGAUAUUGCUCUGUUCCCUCAGAUUUUAGUAGUUUGUACAAGCAAAAACACCCAUCUAAGUGCAAUUUCACCCUGAGGAAAAUAAUUCACAUUAUAAAGGGCAUAGCACAGCAAUCUGCAACAAUCUGUAGUCAAUGCUGAGACUCUAACUACGCUAAUUCCAGAUUUACUUAACAUGUCAGGUCAUUUUGUAUCAUCGAUUUUCAUCUUUGUGAGAAGCCAGUUGUAGAGCAUUUAACAAUAAAGUGUGCUGUACGUGUAAAUGUCUUUAUCAACUAAAUGAUGUAAAACUUUCUUUAAAGUAAUUUUAGUGUGUGUUUAUUUAUAACUUCUACCAUGUGAUUUCCAGGAUAUUGGAAGUGAUUUACUGUAUCUUGUGACAUGUGACUUUUAACAAAUUCUAGUCUUCACGCUGAGAGAGCACUACUUGAGAGAGAUGUCGAAAAGUUUCCAAAAGGUCUUGAUUCAAUCGGAAGAAAGGAAGCUUGAACUGUUUGUUCUUGGUGCCUUGCAGAGAGACUCAGAGCAACUCUCCAUUGUAGCUUUCAUACGGUUUGUGCACCACACCCAAGGCAACCAGAGCUGUGGUAGAGCUUGGUAAAAGACGGAAGAUACAUUGGUGCUUUGAUGAAAAAGGUCAGUUAGCUGGUUCCCCUCUCAAAAAGCUUAUUUCUCCCCAAAGCCAACUUUGUAACAUACGUAAAACUGCUAUUUUCGCUUAUUUCUGGAAUAUAGAAAUGUAUAAAAAUAAGAGUUAGUGUAUGCUUCCUGAAUAAAAAGGAGCCAGAGUUGAUCAAAA